GUGCAGGGUGAGGCCUGAGAGGGGUGUGGGUGAGCAGAUAGUGGCAGCGGCCCCGACAGGGCGCCCAGCUCGCUGUGGACCGGCACUGCGCUCAGCCCUGCGUCCUGUGAGCCCGUGAAUUCUAACAAGACGAGGCCCAGAGCCAGCUGCAACUGAGAGUCUCCGGCCAGCGCUGCUCACUGCUCACUGCCUUCCGCCUCUCGGGGACCCGACAUUUUGGCCUCGGCAUAUCCCAGGGCACGCGUGCUCCGUUUGAAACUUAGCAGAAACCUGCUUAGCUGAGUGACCUUCGCCUCGAAGACUUGGGGUUUUCUCCACCGAGUUCUCGGGUUUCUCUCCUGUCCAGAGGUCUGGGGCCUGGAUGGAGAACACAUCCCUCAGCUACGACUAUGGGGAUUACAGUGACCUGCAGGAUAUCCCCGUGGACUGCCUCGACGGCUCCUGCCACUCGUCCGGCGCCCUGCGCGUGGCCCCGCUCCUGCUGUACGCCACUGUCUUCCUGGUGGGUGUGCCGGGCAACGCCAUCGUGGCCUGGGUGACCGGGAAGGAGGCUCGGCAGAGGGUGGGUGCCACCUGGUUUCUCCACCUGGCCGUGGCAGACUUGCUCUGCUGUCUCUCUCUCCCGAUCCUGGCAGUACCCAUUGUCCGCGGGGGCCACUGGCCAUUCGGGGCAGUGGGCUGCAGGGUGCUGCCCUCGGUCAUCUUGCUGUCCAUGUAUGCUGGCGUCCUGCUGCUGGCAGCCCGGAGCGCCGACCUCUGCCUGCUGGCCCUCAGGCCCACCUGGGGGGCUGCGGCUGGGCGGGCUGGCCGGGUGUGGGUGGCGUGUGGGGCAGCCUGGGUGGUGGCCUUGCUGCUGACUGUGCCCUCUGCCAUCUACCGCCGGCUACACCAGGAGCACUUCCCACCCCAGCUGGAGUGCGUGGUGGACUAUGGUGGCUUGGCCGUGGCUGAGGGCGCAGUGGCCGCCAGCCGGUUUAUUUUCGGUUUCCUGGGGCCUCUGGUGGUGGUGACCAGCUGCCACAGUGUCCUUCUAUGCCGAGCUGCCCGACACGGCUGGCCACUGGGCACGGCCAUCAUGGCGGGGUUUUUCGUCUGCUGGGCCCCGUACCACCUGCAAGCACUGAUCAUUGCUGCAGCCGCCCCCAACUCUGCGCUCCUGGCCCGGGCCCUGCGGGUUGAGCCCCUGGUUGUGGGCCUGGCUCUUGCUCACAGUUGCCUCAAUCCCAUGCUCUUCCUGUAUUUUGGGAGGGCUCAACUCCGUCGGUCACUGCCAGCUGCAUGUCACUGGGCCCUGCGGGAAUCCCCGAGCAAGGAUGAAACUGGGGUCAGCAAGAAAUCCACUAGCCACGACCUGGUGUCUGAAAUGGAGGUGUAGGCUAGAGGACAGUGGUUUCCAUCCUCUUGUCCUAUCUCACAGCCGGCUUCAGGCACUGCUGGAUCCAGGGGCUCAUUGAUGUCUUCAUUUUAUUCCUUCCUUCAUUCAACAAACACCUGUUCUUUUUUUA